AUGAAGUGGUCGGAGAAAAAGGAUCUGUAUGGCAAGCACCACUUGAUCGCGGUGGGCGGGCGCACAGAAGGUGGAGAGGAUGAGCCAAAAAUCAACGACCGAACCAAAGAUUUGCCCGAGCCUGUUUGCUACUUCUCGCCACCGCUUGAGCUGAUGGAGGAGCUCCUGCACACCUUCUAUGCCAAGCUGGUGCUGGACUUGAGCCCAGCUGAUGGAAAGUUGGCGUGGGCAUGCGUCAAGACUAGGACUGCGUACAUGGGCAUCUGCUACAUUGACACCCAUGUCAAGCUGAUGGAAGAACGGCUCCUGGACCUAAUGAAGGUGAGCAUGAAGGAGACUGCCUCGCCAUUGUUCAACAGUGCCUAUGCGCAAGCUGGGGAAUGUCUGGCCGAACUCGAGACAUUCAAUUGUGUGGUCACCAAUCCAAAAGACUACACUCUCCAAGAGGUUCGUGUGGUGGUGCGGGAGAACCGUGUUCGUGCAGGGCUAGUCAAAGACAAGAGCUCGGAGGAGGAGGAGGAUUUGAUCAAGACCGUGAACAAUGCCAAUCUCACCGACCUCAAAGCCAUGUGCAUCGCCCGUGGCAUGAAGGUCCCAGAGAAGGCACGUGUGGGAGAACUACGCCUGUGUCUGAAACAGUGGCUGGUUCAGAGCGGCACCGGACAGACGGUGUACAAGCUGGGAGGCCGAGUCAAUGGCAUGACCUUCCACGAGAUCGCCCUGUCCGACCCAGCAUACCUCCAGUGGGCCAAGAAGGAGACCACAGAAAAGGGGGCGAACUCUCACUGGCAGCUACGGCAGCUGGUCCAUUGGUCCGAGAGGAUGGAUCGGGACGAAAAUGCCACCACGAUCACUCAGGUGCAACGCCCCGACCUCGACGGGUUCGCUUCGCCGAUGAAGAAGAACCAGGGCAGCUACCAAAUCACCGCAGCUUCACCGCCAGAACCGGCGGCCAAGAGCCCAGAGGUGAAACAGGAGCCAAAUGCCACACAGGCGGCGAUCUCCGGCGAAGUCACCACCAUGAUCCAGACCAUGAAGGAGUUGACGUCCAUGGUGGGUGUGCUCCAGCAGAAUGUGGCCGAACUCCAGGAGAAGGACAAGCCCCGGAAGGCUCGCAGCACCACAAGCUCAGCGGGCUUCGAGAAGUUGGAGAAGAUGGGGGACGACCUGUAUAUAGAGACCACGUCUCACCUCCCGGAACGCAAGGACGACCACUUGCGACAACAGGGAGAUAGGAUCAUCCCGGAUGCAUGGACAGCUCUCACGAAACGGGACCACGAACUUUUCCUUGUGGAGCUGGCCUGCUCUGAACAUUCUGUACUGUCGCAGGAAGCUGAAAAACAGGGUCUCAAAGCGGAACGACUCUCGUGGUGGAACGGAUGUGAUCUCACUACGAGUGAAGGGGUCCAGAGCCAAUUUGAAAGUGUUCACUGGCCAUUGGAAGAGCAUCCAGGAAUGAUGAGGACGGGCGACUGA